AUGUCGCCGGAAUCACGCAAGCAAAAUACCCCACCAACAAACAAUUCUGAGAGUCUUCACCUAAGCAAUCGACGGCUCUUUCUUCUCUCGGUGGUAACUGUUCUCCUCGCUGCGCUGGGUACCCUUUUCUGGCGCGAUACCGCCAACCUGUUCGUCUUUCGUCGAUUCUUCGGAUCGUCCUCGCGGGCUGCUAGCCCGUUAGUAGCUGGGUCGGUGCCUACGCCUGUAUCGUCUUCAAUUGCGGAGCAAUCGGGGUCCAAGAUGAAGACGCCUGUUUAUUUUCUGAGCCAUGGCGGGCCUAAUAUCAUGUAUGAUGUGGAGCAUCCGGCGUACAAGAAGCUGGGACAGAUUGGACGUGAGAUCACGACGAAGGUGAAACCACGCGCUGUGGUGGUGUUCUCGGCGCAUUGGCAGGGUGGUCGGGAUACUAUCUAUGUGAACACUGCCGAGAAUACGGACCUAAUUUAUGAGUACGUCGUUUUCUAUGGUUUCCCGGACCAUUACUACAAGGAGAAGUAUCCCAACGUGGGCAGCAAGGAAGUCUCGCAUAACGUGCUCGAUGCGCUCAAGGAAGCUGGUAUCGAGGCGAAGGGUGUGAAGCGUGGUCUGGACCACGGCGUAUGGGCGAGCUUCAAGUGCGCAUUCGAGCCUGAUUCGAACCCAUUGAAUGUCCCAGUCGUGCAGGUCUCCCUCUUCGAUACCGAGGACCCGAAUCAGCACUACCGCCUCGGCCAAGCCGUCUCCCGCCUGCGCGAAGAAAACAUCUUAAUCAUUGUCUCUGGUAUGGCCGUGCAUAACCUGCGCGACCUGCGCUUUACGUUCGGUAACCCCCGCCCCAUGCCGUACGCCGUCAGCUUCGACGAGGCCCUCAAGGAUGCUGCGACGAAAGCACCAGCCGAGCGGGAGCAAGCUCUGACAGACCUUCUCAAGCGCCCGGAUGCUCGCCAGGCUCACCCAACCUUUGAUCACUUGCUACCCAUCCACGUCGGAGCAGGCGCGGCAGAUGAAGACGUGGGCAAGCGAAUCUGGACGUUGCCGGAGGGCAGCAUGAGCUGGGCGCAGUUCCGGUUCGGGGAGCUGAAUAAUGCUAGUACUUCGUUAUAG